ACAAACUAACCCUUCCAUUAUUCUCUUUCUCUCUCUCUCUUUUUCUUUGUGCUAAUUAGUUGGUUUGAUAUUCUUGACGGGAGUAAUGGCGAUUCCGGUGAUCGAUUUCUCGAAGCUCAACGGUGAGGAGAGGGCCAAGACAAUGGCUGAGAUAGCUACUGCUUGCGAAGAAUGGGGAUUCUUUCAGCUGGAGAACCAUGGGAUUUCGGAGGAGAUUAUGGAGAAGGUGAAGAAGGUGGCCGCUGAGUGCUUUAAGCUGGAGAGGGAAGAGGGAUUCAAGAACUCAGCUGCAGUGAAGAAGUUGAAUGAGUUUGUGGAGAAGAAGAGUGGUGAAAAGUUGGAGAAUUUUGAUUGGGAAGAUGUCUUCCUUCUCACUGAUGAUAACCAAUGGCCAUCAGCAACCCCUGGAUUCAAGGAAACCAUGGCGGAGUACCGAUCUGAGCUGAAGAAACUUGCCGAGAGAGUAAUGGAAGUAAUGGACGAGAACUUGGGGUUGCCAAAAGGCUACAUCAAGAGGGUAUUCAAUAACGGCGAUGGAGACAAUGGCUUCUUCGGAACCAAGGUGAGUCACUACCCGCCAUGUCCUCAUCCAGAGCUUGUUAAUGGUCUUCGAGCUCACACCGAUGCCGGUGGAGUCAUCUUACUCUUCCAAGAUGACCAGGUGGACGGCCUUCAAAUCCUGAAAGAUGGCCGAUGGAUCAAUGUCCAGCCAUUGAGAAAUACUAUUGUGAUUAACACAGGUGACCAGAUUGAGGUCCUGAGCAAUGGCAAAUACAAGAGCGUUUGGCACCGAGUCAAAGCCAAAUCAGAUGGGAAUAGGAGAUCCAUUGCUUCAUUUUACAAUCCAUCGCUCAAAGCUACCAUCGCUUCUGCGCCAGAACUCAUGGAAAAAGCUAACCAAGAAGUGGAACAAGUUUAUCCCAAGUUUGUGUUUGGAGACUACAUGUCGGUUUAUGCUGAGCAGAAGUUCCUCCCUAAAGAACCAAGGUUCCAAGCUGUGAAAGCCUUGUAAUAUUAUCACAAAAACUUCAUAUCCAGAAGAUUAUUGCACCUCUAAUAUCUCUUUUUUUUUCUUUUUUUUCCCCUAAAGUCUUGCUUUAAGUCUGUGGGCAGAGAGCUUCUUCCUCUAUAUUAACUACAUGUGCAGGAGAGGAAAGAAAGCUGUUCAAGUGAAGUGAGUAAAGUAUUGUUAGUGUGAUUUAACUUUU